AUGAUUAUCCAAAAAGACAACAGCAAUAUAAUAAAAAUAAAGUCAACAUAUGAAACUGCCCCAAACAUUGCAUUUGUAAAAUAUUGGGGUAAAUUCCAUGAAGAAUACAUUCUUCCUUUAAAUACUUCUAUAGGAAUAACUUUAAAACCAGAAAAUUUCCAUUUAAAAAUCAAAUCAGAAAACUCUUUUCCAACAGCAAGUGGAUUAGCUUCAAGUUCUUCGGGUUUAGCUGCUAUUUCAUUGUGUUUAUUUGAUAUAUAUCAUUUUUAGGAAGAAUAUUUUAAUUAAAAAAGCGAAAUUGCACGUCUAGGUUCCGGAAGUGCUUCUAGGUCAAUUUUUGGAGGUUUGGUUUAAUGGAACUGUGUUUCUUCUUAAAAAUAAUAAUAAAUUGAAUAAUAAAAUAAUAAUAUUGAUAUUUUAGAGGAAUUAUCGAAAAUUUGUGUCGCUUAAUAGGUUUUCGAUGAUCAGUUUUUUAAAGAUGUUUAAAUAUUGGUUUUGGCCUAUUCUUUUGAAAAUAAGGAAGUUUCUUCUACUGAUGGAAUGAAAAUAACAAGGUAUACUUUUGAUGCAGGACCUCAUGCAGUCCCAGGUUAUGUUUUUCAGACUGAAGUUGGAAGUGGUCCUGUAUAAAUAAAAUGA